UUCGGCGCCACGUAUGUCGCGCCUGCGCACUCGGCGCGACGGGGGCAAGAUGGCGGCGUUGCAGCAGGGGGAGGCGGAUCAACUGUUCGAUGUGAGGAACAGCUUCUACAUCGGCAGCUACCAGCAGUGCAUCAAUGAAGCGCAGAAACUCAAGUUCUCUAGUCCCGAGAAAGAAGUUGAGCGCGAUGUUUUCCUUUAUAGAGCUUAUAUUGCACAGCGAAAGUAUGGUGUGGUGUUGGAUGAUAUCAAACCAGGAGCUGCCCCCGAAUUACAGGCUGUAAAAAUGUUUGCUGAAUAUUUGUCCAGUGAGGAUCACAGGGACAACACUAUUUCAGAGUUGGACAAGAAGAUGGCAAAGAAUGUUGAUGUGAGCAACAUCACAUUCUUGUUGAUGGCAUCCUCAAUCUUUUUACAUGAACAGAACACUGACGCAGCCCUGCGCACAUUACACCAAGGAGAAAGUCUGGAAUGCAUGGCCAUGUCAAUACAGAUCUUUUUGAAGCUCGACAGGCUGGAUCUAGCUCGAAAGGAACUGAAGAAGAUGCACGAAUCAGAUGAAGAUGCCACCCUGACACAGUUAUCAACAGCCUGGAUGAACCUCGUUAUGGGUGGGGACAAGCUGCAGGACGCCUUUUACAUUUUCCAAGAAAUGGCAGAUAAGUACACAGCAACCUUGUUGCUCCUGAAUGGACAAGCUGCUUGCCAGAUGGCACAGGGGAAGUGGGAUGAUGCAGAAGGAGUUCUGCAGGAAGCACUGGACAAGGACAGCAAUCAUCCAGAAACACUCAUCAACCUGAUCGCACUUUCUCAGCAUCUAGGCAAGGCUCCUGAGGUCAGUAACCGCUACCUCUCUCAGCUAAAGGAUGGACACAGAGGGCACCCUUUUGUUAAAGAAUAUAUGACCAAGGAGAAUGAGUUUGAUCGAUUGGCGUUGCAGUACGCUCCAAGUGCGUGAGUAGAAUGGAAACAAUAUCCGUGAAGAUUAACAGAAUUUAAUAUCUUGGACCAUUUUUUUUUUUAAGCUCCCCCAACUGUGGAAGUGUAUUUAAACUAAUGUCUUAUGAUCUGAAACCUUGUAUAAAGUGACCUGAGAGCAAUUGUUACUUGCUUGAGACUCUGCUGUUUAAUAUUAAAGACUGUUAUAUUUGAGGUCAAUUCAAGUAAUCAAAUUUGUUGAAACCUGUACAAUGAAAUGCCCAAAUGUUAGUUAUAUUAACUGUGGAAUUAUACUGUUAAUAAAAUUUAUUAAGCUCCCAAA